CCGCGGUGUGGCGGCGGCGGCAGUGGGCAUCAACGGCGGCGGGGGCCCGAUCUCGUCCGAAGACCCGACGAGGACAGCUCGCUAGUCGGCGCCUGGCGAGACCAGGCUUGAGCGACCAGCGACACCUCGACAAGAACACUCUGCGGCAUCAAUCAUGAGUAAAUCGCGGAUCCACGUCGACAUCAGCUCGCAGACGCGAGUGAAUGUCACCAAAAGCAGUGGAAGCCAGCACACUCCAUCACCGCCACCGAUGAUGGUGCCCAUGAUGCCGCAGCAAUUCAUGCAGCAGCCACCACCCAUGAUGUACGGGCCAGCCGGGCCGAUGUACGCCAGUACAAGCCAAACGACGAUGCCCGGGGAUAGCGGCAGGCGCUACAUUACCCUUAUUCAAAAAGUGGUGUCUUCGGAAAAUGCCAGAGGACGUGGAGGCGUAGACAAGGCUACGCUGUCCAAGCUGGAGGCAGGCUUCAAGAAGCUCCAAAAUGCCAAGGACUGCAAGUCGCUUCUCAAGAAAUACCUCACCAAGGAGGUCUUCGACAAGCUCAAGCACCGUAAAACGGCCAUGGGCGCGACACUACUUGACGUAAUACAGUCCGGUGUGGAGAACCUCGACAGCGGCGUGGGCGUGUACGCACCAGACGCCGAGUCCUACCGCGUGUUCGCCGACCUGUUCGAUCCGGUCAUUGAGGACUACCACAAGUUCAGGCCCACCGACCGGCAUCCGCCCACAAAUUUCGGCGACCUGAGCACGCUCAGGAACGUCGACCCGACCAAUGACUUCGUGGUGUCCACUCGCAUUCGAUGCGCCCGUUCUCUCGAAGGCUAUCCGUUCAACCCUUGUCUGACCGAGUCUCAGUACAGGGAAAUGGAGAAGAGGGUAGUGUCGACACUCAGGUCCCUGGAGGGCGAGCUGAGCGGCACCUACUACCCUCUCACAGGCAUGGACAAGAAGGUUCAGCAGCAGCUCAUCGACGACCACUUUCUCUUCAAGGAGGGCGACCGCUUCCUGCAGGCGGCCAACUCGUGCCGCUUCUGGCCCACCGGUCGAGGCAUCUUCCACAACGACGCCAAGACCUUCCUGGUGUGGUGCAACGAGGAGGACCACCUGCGCAUCAUCUCCAUGCAGAAGGGCGGCAACAUCAGGGAUGUAUUCACUCGGCUUGUGAAGGCCGUCAGGGCCAUUGAGAAGAAGCUGCCCUUCUCUCGAGAUGACCGCUUCGGGUACUUGACCUUCUGCCCGACCAACCUGGGCACCACUAUUCGGGCCAGCGUGCACAUCAAGAUACCCAAGCUGUCGUCCAACAUGUCCAAGCUCGAAGAGAUCGCGUCCAAAUACGAACUGCAAAUUCGAGGCACCCGCGGAGAGCACACGGCGAGCGAAGGCGGCGUCUACGACGUCUCCAACAAGCGCCGGCUGGGCCUCACCGAGUACGAAGCCGUCAGGACCAUGCAGGAAGGAAUCCUCGAGCUCAUCAAGCUCGAGAAGGAUGCCUAGACGCCGACAUCAGUGCUGCGCUAAAUUUCGGGCGACGAAUGUGCGUGGAGCGCAUCAGGCUGAAAUUCCCCACUUCCUAAAGCGAGCCAUCCGAGAAAAAAAAUGAGUUCACUGGACACUGCCGAAGCCUGCCCUUGAGUCAGUAAUGACAAAGGCAAAAAUUAAAUCUUCAUUCGAAGUUUAUCAACUGUCUUGCGUUGACUGGCGAGUUAAUGCAUUAUCUCUCCCUCCCCGCACCUGUUGGCGCUGUGAG